UGGCCCUGCGGGGAAGCCGGGUGGUCCCCGGGCCGCUCAGGCUUGGCGCAAGGUCUGCCCCGCCUCUCCCCCUCCGCGCGGCCUAGACGGUCGGGGCAGCGGGGCCAUGGAGCCUUCUCCGGCCGCGGGAGGCUCGGAGACCACCCGCUUAGUGAGUCCCCGGGACCGCGGCGGCGCGGGCGGCGGCCUGCUGCUGAAGAGUCUUUUCACAGAGCCCUCAGAGCCCCUCCCUGAGGAGCCCCCGCUCGAGGGGAUGGCCCACUGCCAUAGGCACCCCGCGCCACAGUCAGGCUUCUCUCCAGAGAGGUUGAAGGCCCAGAGGCAGCUGUAUGCCGCCUGUGCUGUGUGCUGCGUUUUCAUGGCUGGCGAGGUGGUCGGUGGGUAUUUGGCACACAGCUUGGCCAUUAUGACCGACGCCGCUCACUUGCUGGCAGAUGUAGGCAGCAUGGUGGCCAGCCUCUUUUCCCUUUGGCUCUCUUCUCGGCCAGCCACCCGCACCAUGACCUUUGGCUGGCACCGCUCAGAGACCCUGGGAGCUUUGGCCUCUGUGGUCUCCCUCUGGAUGGUCACUGGCAUCCUCCUGUACCUGGCCUUCGUCCGCCUGAUGCAUAGCGACUACCACAUCGAGGGGAAUGCCAUGCUGCUGACUGCCAGCGUUGCUGUCUGUGCCAAUAUGCUGAUGGCCUUUAUGCUGCACCAGACUGGCUCCUCCCACAGCCAUGGACCUAGGGGGACAGAGUAUGCACCGCUGGAGGAGGGCCGUGGAUCCCACUCCCACUCCCCCUCCCAGCCCCACCCCCUGCGCCUGGGAAACACCAGUGUCCGGGCUGCCUUUGUUCAUGUGCUGGGGGACCUCGUUCAGAGCAUCGGGGUCCUGGUCGCCUCCAUCCUUAUCUACUUCAAGCCUCAGUACAAGGUGGCUGACCCCAUCAGCACUUUCCUCUUCUCUAUCUGUGCCCUUGGAUCUACAGCCCCUACCCUUCGAGAUGUUCUCCGCAUUCUCAUGGAAGGUGCCCCUCAAACCGUGGGAUUUGAGCCUGUGAGGGAUGCCUUGCUGUCAGUGCCAGGAGUCCGAGCGACCCAUGAGCUCCACCUGUGGGCCCUGACGCUUUCCUACCAUGUUGCCUCUGCACACCUGGCUAUUGACUCCACAGCUGACCCCGAAGCUGUCCUGGCUGAAGCCUCAUCCCGGCUCUAUUCCCAGUUUGGAAUCGCCAGCUGCACCCUGCAGGUGGAGAAAUAUCGGUCUGAGAUGGCCCGGUGUAAGCACUGCCGGGAGCCCCGCCACUGAGCCUCAGCCGCACCUCACCCCACUGCCGGGCCCAGGCCGGGCCCAGGCCGGGCCCUGGACUCUCUCGCACCUGCCUCCACAAUCACAGAAAGGACCGUUCUCUCUCCAUGUUUCACCUGCCAGACACCCCAGCCCCUGCCCUGGUGGUCAAGACCAAAGCAUGUAGGAGGGCAACAGGGGGAAGGGAGGAUCAGACUGAAUAGCUGGGAGCAGCUCAGGGGUGUGGGGUGUGUGGGAGCCCCACCAUCCGUGCUCCACACGGCCUGGAGAGUCAUGCUUGUCCUUCCCGUGCAAUUCAUGUGUCCUGGUGGCAGGCUGGCUGGCUAGCUGGGGACAUCUGCCUGUCUUUGUGCUGUUCGUGUGCCUAUGCCUGGGGAGGUCAUCAGGGGCCCCCUCCCUAUGUGAUCCUUGCUCUGUCUAUGCAGGGGCCCCAAAGCCUGCACUUUGUCUGUGUGCCCCACCACUGUGGCGUUGUCUGUCGUGUGUGUGUUCUUUGGUUCUGUGGCCUGUGUGUUCCUGUGCCCGUGUGCCUGUGCUGGUGUCUGUGAGUCUGCUCCACCCGUGUGUCCAUUUAGGGAUCUGUCUGUCCAUCCCUCUGUUGGUGCUGUGUUCUCAGCUUUCCCCCAGGGGGAGGGGGGACACCACUGCAGCUCCACCAAUAAACUUGUAUCUAA